AUGAAUGAGUGUUUGAAAUAUCAAAAACCAAAUGAAAAAUGCAUGGAGUAUGCAAUUAUUACACACAACAUUGAUUUUGUUACAUUCUUGAUGUAUGAAUACAAUAUAAAGAUUGAUUUAAAUUAUUGCCAAUACAAUGUCGAAGUUCUUAUUUCACAUGGUGCAAAUGUCAAUGAAAAAGAUAAUAAUGGAAUGACAUUACUUCAUUAUGCAGCAGAAAAUAAUAGUAAAGAAACAGCCGAACUUCUUAUUUCACAUGGUGCAAAAACAAUAACGUUUAAAGAUAUAAUGCUAUUGCUUCUUCUGAUACUUUUCAUUAUGAAAUUUUUGCACAUCAUGUAA